AUUGAGAGGAAUACAGAGAAACAGCAGGUGGAGCCCGGAGCUCACGAAUGAAAUAUCAUAUAAACCCGCUGGCAGAGGCGGGAUUUCUAGUCAAGCCAUUCAGCAAGCUCAUUGGCUACCAGGCCUGUCAAUCUAACGUUUCCUCCGACGUGAUUUGCUGAGAAAUAAGUCAAUCAAGUGAUGUAAUCCAUAUCUGUCAGACUCGGCCACGGUUGGCUGUUUUGCCGUGGUAGGCGGAAACGAGUCACUUGAUUGGUUGAAGUUCGGUUUGAAGCGGAAAAGAAGCCUCCAGUAUCCAUUUUGAAUCGCGAACAAAGAAAAUACGAGCGUGUUUGAUAAAGUUAUAAUAGAAAGAUGCAGUGAAUAUGAAACGCACAGCGCCACCACGCGCCGCGUGCACGCGCACGGAGCCGAUCGUUUUCUGGAUUUUUUUACUUAUUUCGAGACAUGUUUUGGCCAAAGUAUUAUACUGGAUUGUUUCCUCUGGAUGGCUAAGCUUGGGUUCUGGCCGGUUUUUGUGGAUUAUCUUCUUUUAUGACCAGAAACGAGCGUCCAAACUGCGUCGACAGGUUUCAGUCAUGUAGAAAAGAAUCGGUUUUCUGCCAUGAAAAGCUUCAUUGAAAGACUCGGAGCUCCAAUAGGUCAAACUGUGACGCCCCUGCAAAAAUUAUUGAAGUCGUUCAGUCUGCAGUACACAUACCCCAAAUGCCCUGAACUGAAGCAUAUUAACGAUGUGGAUCCAGCACAAAACACAGUUGAAGAUCUGAUGUUAAGGAUCUGCCAUUUAGAAAAGGCUGGCAACACCAAAGGAGUCUGUCUCUACACUGUUGAUGGGAUGCCGUUGACGGAUGAUCCCUUCUUCAACACAUGGUCUUUGAGAGAGCGACACAUUGAAAAUGGUGCUGUGAUGUAUGCUAUAUUUACACCAAAGGAAAACCUGAUGGAGGCGGCACAAAUUCCAGAGCGAGAAUGUGAAACCUUUGGACCAGAUGUCAUUCGGUGCCACAUCAUGCUGAAGGGAGACUUUGAGGUGAUGGUCGACUUGGAAAGUGACACAAUGGCAAGUCUAAGACUGAAACUGUCAAAUGCCAGUGGAAUCUCAGCACAUGUCCUUCAUCACAUAGGCGAACAUUCGGGUGGUGACACACUGCACAAGUGUGGAAUUUCUGAAGGGUCAACAGUUGAAUUUGCUUUGUCUUCCUUUCCUGAAGAGACUCCGCAUGGUGAGACUUUCUACAUUGAUGAUGUCAUGCCUUCAGUGCAGCAAACCAAGAAAGGAAUGAGUGUGUUCUUCUCUUCACUUUAUGCUAUUCAUCAGUAUCCAGGAUCAAUCAAGGAUAAACUAAUAGCCUACAUACGAAAACUGACUGGAUGCAACCCUCUCGCCCAAAGUUUGCAUCAGUUAUUCUGCAGAAAUGAAAAGAUGACCAGGAACCAGAAGAUUGCAGUUGUUGAGGGCUUGUAUGUGCUCUUCAGAGAGCUUUUGCCCCAACAAGGAUCCCGUCGAGGGGGAAAAGUCAAGAACCAGGAUGUCUUUGCGAAUUCAUUGUUCUGUUGGGCACAUCUCAUGCACAAAAUCAAGGAAUGGACAACAGAACCUGAAGUCUACGCUCCGAUCACUCUUCUGUCUGGAGAUGGUAACCACUUUUGUGAACCGGUGCGAGUACCUGGAGUACCAGGGGUGUUUGAACGAGCACAUGUUCUCCAGAAAAUCAAAGAUGGAGAGAAAAUUCCAAAUUGCACUGUGCAGUCAUUGCAAGGAAACUCAUUACAAAAAGCCACUGACAUAGAGAAAAUCAUGCUCAGCUUACCUCGAUUCGUCAGCACAUAUCCUCUCUGGAUUCAUCAUGACAAGACAUCUGGUCAGAAUUUUCAGAUCAAUGUUCAGAGUACUUUUGGAAGUAUGAUGGAAAUUUUGAAAUCUUUCCCUCGACUCAAUGUUGCCCGACCUCUACAUCUGAAGAAGCUGGGAUAUGAUGAGAGUUGCCUUGUUUUCCUCAGUGAAGACAACCUUGGCAUUUAUCUGGGUAGAGACAAAGGCGCUGCUGACAUAAUCACAGUGCGUGACUGUCUGGAUGGAAAAAUAAAAAAAGUGGAUCUGAAUUUGCUGGCAGCCAAGACUGAAGAUCUUACAGAUGACCAAUCUUUUGUCACAACCAGGACUCCAAAGGAAGCAAUAAUGGUGCUGAUCGAUACCAGCUCCUCCAUGGAAGAAGAGUGCUACGAAAAUGCAGCAAUAAAGAAAAUAAACACCGUGAAAGAGCUGUUUGACAACUUUGCCACCAGGAGCAUGGCUUAUGAUUUCCAUCAUGUCAUUGGUCUUGUGAAGUUUGACUCUAUGGUGAAGACUCUCCACACAUUUACUGAAAAUCUGGAAAAUUUCAAGGUGCACAUGCGUAACCUUGAGCCGAGUGGUUGUACUCUGCUGUACGACGCACUAAGACGUGGGGCGUCUGAACUGGAAAAGGUCAAAACAAGGUUCCCAAAUUGUCGACUCCGCAUCAUAUGUCUGACUGAUGGAAAUGACUCUGGAUCUUCAAUAGAGCCAGUUGCUGUUACAGGAAAACUGCUAAGAUUAGACAUCAUUGUGGAUUCAAUCCUUUUUGGAAAAGUGGAGAACAACAUGCUGCAUGGAAUCAGCAAUGCAACAGGUGGCUGUUGUUUCAAACCACAGACAACCAAAGACGGUCUGAAGCUCUUUGAGAUCGAGACAGUUCUGUCCUUGGAGCAGAGAAAACCCAAGAACAAACUUGAUCCAUCUUCCAUCUCUGAGUCCACAUUAACAGAAAUUUUUGCUACUCAUGGGUAUGAUGAAUAUCCAGAAACAUCUUUGCCCAGCCAGAUAAACAGCGAAGUGACCAUGACAGAAAGUGCUCUGAAAAAGAAGAUUCGGGAGUCAAAGGAUGGGCACUUCAUGGAGAAGGAUAAACGUAUCCUUGAGGAGCUCAAGAGUCUGCAUUGUGACCCACAUCCGUUCUGCAGAGUCUUUCCAGCAGAGUCAGACUUCACGUUCUGGAAGAUUCUCAUGCAAGGUCCUCCUGAAACCCCAUAUGAGACAGGAGUGUUUGAGCUGUACUGUCAGUUUGGUCAUGACUACCCAGUGAGCCCUCCAGUCGUUCGCUUUGUCACACCUGUUUAUCACUGCAAUAUCAACAGCGUGGGCCGCAUCUGCCACAACAUAUUCGACCGCAACUACAAUGCCCACAUCACCAUGAGACAGGUCUUGGAUGCUGUGUUCGGACUGCUCAUCAUCCCUGAGCCAGAAGAUCCACUGGACAGCAUUUUGGCUGAGGAAUUUCUGACGAAUUGUAAAACAUACGAACAAGAAGCCAGGAAACACACAGAGGAAAAUGCUGGGAAGUAUCUGGAUGACAUGGAGAAGACACUGGUGGAACCACUGCCACAGUUUAUACCACAACAUCUCCUCUGUCCUCUCACCAAGAAGAUAUUUGUUGAUCCUGUGAAAACUCUGUAUGGCACCGUGUAUGAACGUAAAUCCAUUGAGGAAUAUCUCAAAAAACACCAGUAUGAUCCGAUGGCAGGUCCAGGACAUGAGCUUCAAAUGAGUGACCUAACAGCAGAUCAGGACAUGAAGAAAAUGGUGAUGGAUUAUCGAUCUCGCCAAAUUCAGUGAAGCUGUGGGAAAACAACUUGGAACUUGAGGAAUCGCUAAGACACAAGGAAGUCUGAUUAAACUGAAUUUGCACUCAGUGUGCUAGUGGUGUAUUGUUCUCACACAAACACUGAAACAGUUAACAAUUUAGAAAAUCCAUAGUGUAUUUGUACUAAUUAAUCUCUGAAAAUCUCAUUAAUCAUUGUUUCACAAGUCUGUUUGCUUAUCUGUCACACCAAAACAUUUUCAUAGUUAAUCAUUAUUCUUUAGGACUGCAACUAUCAGUUAUUUUAGUAAUUAGUGUUCUGUCAGUUAUUCUGGCGAUUAAUCAGGUAAUCAGAUUCCACAUUUCACACAAUAAUCAUCCUGGCGAAACACCGGCGGACAUCUUCAGUGUUUUGUACAUAUAUAUAUGUCAGGAUAGAGAUUGUGAUUCGGUAGAAUUGGAGUUUCUACCAGUAGAGUUUGCGAUUGUAAUCUCUACCAGUAGAGAUGGAACUUUAAAUCUGACCCCUGCCCUGACCCCUGACCCUAACCUUAAAAGUCUAACCUUAGCCCUGACAAAUCUGUACUGGUAGGAUUGGAGUUUCUACUGGUAGAGAUUGCGAUCGCAAUCUCUACUGGUAGAGACUCCAAUCGCAGUCUCUACUGGUAGAAACUCCAAUUCUACCAAAUCGCAGUCUCUACCAUGAUAUCUAUAUAGUAAACUAAAGCGAUGGGAACCCAACAUGUAGAAAUCACAUAAAUAUAUUAUUAUGUUUGGUCCAUUUAAACUGCUGGUAAAGCAGCUGAUAGAACACAAAUAAGAAAACUGAUUAGUCUAUUAGUAUUGAUUACAGAGAAUAUUUAAUCAGUAACAUUAGUUUCACUUUGAUUUGGACACAAGUUAAAGUGAUUUCCUUCAUUGUGAGAGAGUGUCAGACCUACGUGCACUUAAAUAUAAUAGGAUGAUUGAAUAUAUGAAAUUCAAAAGUUUUAUUGUGCAGCUGUCUGUUAGAAAUAAUUAGCUGCAUUGAUGGGUAAAAUGAAGAAAUAAAAGUUUGAAACAGAAAAUCUGACUUAACAAAGAAAGUUGAUAACAACUUUCAUACCUGUUAACUCUGACUGAGGUUUUAGUUUUUGCCAAAGUGAUUUACUCAAAGAAAGCCUGACUAUGUCAAUCAGCCUUCGUAGUUCAGGUUCUGAUCUGCUAAAUGUCAUAAACACCAAAAAAGCUGCGCUGGUUAAAAUAGAAGCUUCCCCUCAGAUUUAAAAUUCCCGUAGAAUUUAUUGGUUAAAGGUCUGGGUCCAAAUCCGGACUGCAGUCUGCCAGUUAGUGACCUGGAGUCUAUGUGAUGGGAUUUAAUGAAGCCUUGAUUCAGAGAAUUUUGCCUCAAGGAAUUUUAGUGAUCAAAUUACUCAGAUAACUCGAGGAAUGAGUUAUAGACUUAAUAUUUUAAUAAUCUCAUCAACCAUAUCAUUUUCUUUUUUUUUAGAGUAAUUAAAACGGGUUUACUGUAUUUGUCUCGGUUGUGAUUGUAUAUUAUACAUGUAAAUCAGAAUCAGAAUCAGAAUCACUUUAUUCAUCCCCGAAGGGAAAUUCAGUUGUCAGGGUUCUUAUCUGUUUAAUUUUGAAUUGAAUAGCCUGACUGCUGAUGGCAAGAAAGAUUUCCUAAAUCUUUCAGUCUUGCAGCGCAGGGAUAGGAGCCGUCCAUUGAAUGGGAGUAUGAAAGUUUUUAUGAAGAUUUCAAGUGAUGUGACGUUAAUAAAACGUAGUGAUCUCCUGAAUUCCUUGUCUGUAGGAAUCAUAGAUAUAUACAAACAUAUAUCUAUGGUAGGAACAACCAAUCAGCGCCGCAUUUCCUUCAACGUCACGUACAGCGGACAGGAUAUAAUUCACUAUUAGUGUCAAAUUAAAGGUCCUUUCUUUUUGAAAA